AUGACAAAAUUCGACAAAAAAAAUGCCACAGAUGAUGGUACCAAGCUGGAACAGCUUAUUGCAGAGCGCAAUCGACUCAUUAUGGAGCUUUACUGUGUUUCCAGAAUCCAAGAUUUCCUGCAUAUCACCAAUGAACAAGAACUGGCAACGGAGAUUCGUGAGUUUUUAGAUGUUCACGAUAUACGCAAAGGCUACCGUUUCGACCAAAACAAACUUCCCAGGUUCUCCCAAAUAGAGCCACCAUCGGAUAAGAAGCCAGUCAAAAGCAAGAGUAGCACUCCUGUGGACAAUUCCAAACGAGAUAAAGACUCAGCGAAGCCGGACAAAGAGGACCAUAAGACGACGUCUGAAAAGGAUAAGGACGCUACUAGAGACUUAAAGGGUAAAACAGUACGAGAUACUCAAUCUAGAGGCAAAAUUCUACAGCAAACGCCGAAAAAGGAGGACCGCAUCACGGUUGAGCUGGAAGAACUAGAUGUGAGCGAAGCUACCAAUGAUAAUGUCACAUCGAGUCGAAAACGUUCAAGAGAGCAGGAAACACCACAAGCUAUAGAACUAUCGCGGGAGCUACCAGAAGCACAACAGCUGACCCCGACCACGAAAGAACAGGAAAUUUUUAAUAAUUCUAAGCGUCAACAAACAAGCAGCUUUUUAAGAGACCGAGACCGGGAGCCUCGUAGCGUCAAUGUGAAGCGCACAAACCACCUUAUUCGUGAGCUGAGGCAGAAAGGGCCACAGAUCAAAAAUCUUUUUCACAAGGGAAACAUCAACGCUAAGGAAAGCGUGUACCUGAUUAUGAAAGAUACUGUUCCAUCAAUGAUACCUCAUGCGGUUCCUCUUUCAGAACUUAAAUUCAACUCCCAAACUCUACCUCUCAUCAAACUCAUUCCCACGGCUCACAAAGUGCUUACUUCAGAGAUUAUGAACACCGCUUUGAACGAGUGCAGGAUUGCCGUAGUAAGUUCCAGAAUUGAAGAACUGCGAAGACAAGGAUUGUGGUCUUUGAGGCAACCUAAGAAGUUCACGGAUCCUUGGGAUAAACUUAAAGACACCGAGUCUCAUCGUGGUCAUCUUUUAAAGGAGGCAAAAUGGAUGUAUUACGACUUUUAUGAGCACACAAAAUAUAAGCGGGCUGUUUGCCUGACCAUUGCGCAGGGCGUUAUGGAUUUCUGGAAUUAUGGAAAAGUCUGUUGUGUGAAAACUGAUCCAGUCAACCACCUCGAACCUACUCAAGAGACAUUACAGAGAGAUGAGGAAAAUUCACAGACACCACAAAAUGACCAACCGAGGACAGAGAUAGUUUCAACGCAGGAUCGCUAUUCUACCUCUUCCCCCGAAGUGACGGAGGAAACUAGCAGCACUGAAACAAUCGAUAUUUCAGAGCUUCUAAAGAGACCCGACCCUUCAAACGAUAUACAGAGCCUUAAAUUGCCUGAAAUUGAUGUGAAUUCCUACGUCAGAGACAAGCAAACGAGACCGUCUCCAUUCAAGCUACAUGUUUCACUCGAUGAAUUUAAUCAUGUGGAAAGGAAAAUCAUCGACGAUCUAAACGUCCUUUCAGGCACUUCAGAUCUAGAAAAAGCGCAUGAAGAAAGUUUUGAAGUUUUGUUCGAACCCAUUUCAAAGGCCACCGUUUUGCUGGAUGACGACCACUACCUGAAGAUUGUUGAGAGACAAAUUAUAGACGAAGAGCCAUCGUUAGUUCCAUUCAGCAAGAGACGUGGGAUGUUUUAUGGUAAUAGGCGAAGCCACUAUCUACGCCCACCAAUUGCACCUUCACUACGAUAUCUGAGAUACAGAACUCCAACGAUUUGGUUACCCCAGGAUGAUCAAGAAUUGGUAAGAAAUAUCAAUACCUACGCCUAUAACUGGGGACUGAUAAGUGCCCAUAUGUCAUCGAGACCAACAAGGUCUUACUGCUCCAACAUCGAAAGACGCACGCCCUGGCAAUGUUUCGAACGGUUUAUUCAGCUUAAUGAAAGGUUUCAGUUUAUUGAUAUGAAAGGGCCAAGGGCCCACCAUGCACAGGUUUGGCUCAUAGAGGCACAUAAGUUACAGCAGCAGCAAAAAAGAAGAAUUUCUCCUCUGGGCGUAGGUGAGGAAUCAAUACAGAGAGGUCACAAACGGUUACGUUGGGCAAGUAUGUUCGAGGCUAUGAGGAAGUGCAUCAAAAAACGCGAAAACGCACCUAGGCCAAAUCCCACUCAACCGAGGAAGCCUUUGGACUGCAAAAACACAAGUGUUCCUACUCCAGCAGAAAUGUCACAAUUGAAAGCGCAGCGCGACGACGCUCUUCGAAGGGAUAUUCAGAUAAGAAGAAUCGCAAAGCAGAAACUUCAAGCCGCCGCACUUACGCAAGGUCUUUCUCCUAAUGGCCACGCAAGGGCCUUGCCACGCACUUCGCCCUCAUCUGGCCAGCGUAGAGUUGUGAAUAAUGGGGUGGGAGCAAAUCGUGGCGUCUCAGCAGACAGCAACAUGAAAAUCACGACGCAAACGCCGAAACAAACACAGGGUACGCAGUACUCAAAGUCAACCGAAAGCCAGUUUAGAGGAAUAGCUAUUGAGCAGCAGUGUCAGCAGAAGCCACCUACUGUGCGAGGUGAAGUUCUAAAUAAUGAACCUUCAAGCGAAAAGAUUCUUUCUCCGACUCCUCAAGAGAUUCUUCAAAAACUUCAGCGCGGAAAGUGA